AAGAGGAGGGGACCAGAAUAAAGAAGCCUAUUAAGAUUACGCACGGUUUAGUGGGAGGAAAGUAACUUUUGCGCAGAAUUGGUUCACCCUGGCAUUGAUUUAAUCUCUGGGCGCGCUAGAAACUAACUGUGAAUGCAUGCAAAGAAAAACGAAUGCGAGUAUUCUAAACAUAUUUAAGUUUUAUUUAUUUUGAUAACAGACGCGUCCCAGGUUGAUGCUGAAAUAAAUUUUCACCAGCUGGGGGAAAUAAUAUUUAACCCUCUGCUACUGCGACUGAAGAUUUGAACUGAAGUGAAAAUUUGCAGAAGGUCUUGCUUUUUUUUCCCCCUGUGCGUGAGUUCUGCACAAAUUCUAUUCAGUAUCUUUUGGGGACGUGUAUGUGCCGGAUGAUCCAAGUGGCCCCCCGAGCACAAGAUGAAGUAUUGACUCUAUCCUGAGACUUGAAGACCUCACACAUACACAGACACAAACACGGGACAACUGUGCCUAACUCAAGAGCAAGACCACUUCAAUCAGAGGAUACAGCAAGAUGCGCUGCAAAAGCCUCUCCUCCAUCCUGCGGAUAGUGGGGACCACCUUGUUUGGCCUGGCUCUUCUGGUGGGUAUCGCAGCUGCUUAUAUCGUAGGUUAUCAAUUCAUAGCCACGGACAAUUACUACUUUUCCUUCGGACUAUAUGGAGCUAUCUUAGCCCUCCACCUCCUUAUUCAAAGCUUCUUUGCGUUCUUGGAGCACCGGAAGAUGAAGCGGUCACUGGAGACCCCCAUCAAACUGAACAAGACAGUGGCCCUGUGCAUUGCUGCCUACCAGGAGGACCCUGACUACCUGAGGAAGUGCUUACUCUCCGUCAAAAGGUUGUCCUACCCGGGAAUGAGCGUGAUCAUGGUCAUUGAUGGGAACAGCGAGGACGACCGCUACAUGAUGGAGAUAUUCAGCGAGGUGAUGGGAAGGGACAGCUCUGCCAGCUACCUGUGGAAGAGCAACUUCCACGAGCGGGGACCAGAGGAGAGCGAGGAGUCACACAGGGAGAGCAUGCAGUACCUCACGAGGCUGAUCAGAUCCAACAAGAGUGUCUGCGUGAUGCAGAAGUGGGGAGGCAAGCGAGAAGUUAUGUACACUGCGUUCAAGGCACUGGGUCGGACUGUGGAUUAUGUACAAGUGUGUGACUCAGAUACCAUGUUGGACCCUUCUGCAACGGUGGAGAUGGUGAAGAUCCUGGAGGCAGAUCCAAUGGUUGGUGGAGUUGGUGGAGAUGUCCAGAUUCUCAACAAGUAUGAUUCGUGGAUUUCGUUCCUCAGUAGUGUCCGAUACUGGAUGGCUUUCAACAUUGAGAGAGCGUGCCAGUCGUACUUUGGUUGCGUGCAGUGCAUCAGCGGCCCCCUGGGCAUGUACAGGAAUGAUUUACUGCACCAGUUCAUGGAGGACUGGUACAACCAGGAGUUCCUGGGCUCACAGUGCAGCUUCGGUGAUGACCGGCACUUGACGAAUCGAGUGCUCAGCCUGGGCUACGCCACAAAGUACACAGCAAGAUCCAAGUGCCUCACUGAAACCCCAACACAGUACCUGAGGUGGCUGAACCAGCAGACUCGCUGGAGCAAAUCCUACUUCCGGGAGUGGCUCUACAACGCCCUGUGGUUCCACAAGCACCACCUGUGGAUGACAUACGAGGCAGUCAUCACUGGAUUCUUCCCCUUCUUCCUCAUCGCCACCGUCAUCCAGCUGUUCUACCGAGGAAGGAUCUGGAACAUCCUCCUGUUCCUCCUCACCGUCCAGCUGGUGGGCCUCAUCAAGUCGUCCUUCGCCAGCUGCCUGCGGGGCAACAUCGUCAUGGUCUUCAUGUCCCUUUACUCCAUGCUCUACAUGUCCAGCCUGCUUCCUGCCAAGAUGUUCGCCAUCGCCACCAUAAACAAGGCAGGCUGGGGCACGUCAGGGAGGAAGACCAUCGUCGUGAACUUCAUUGGGUUGAUCCCCGUGUCGUUGUGGUUCACCAUCCUUCUGGGAGGGCUCAUUUACACCAUUUACAAUGAGACGCGGGAACCCUUCUCCCAGUCCGAGCAGACGGUUCUGAUUAUCGGGGCGAUACUCUACGCCUGUUACUGGGUCAUGCUCUUAACCCUCUACGUUGUCUUAAUUACCAAGUGCUGCAGGCGAAACAAGAAGCAGAACUACGACAUGGUAUUCGAUGUAUGAUGUUUACAUUGGCACGUGGCAAGUGAAAUAUUCCAGGACAUGGUGGCUUUAUCAAGCAAUGCCGCUGCGGGAUAUGAAUCGUUGCUGCUUCAACUUCAAGAAAUGCAAUAGGGUUCACGCCAAAGAAAUGAAAGUGCGUGAGGUCUGCACGGAAUUCACGCUGAAGGAACUAAUCUGUGUGGAACUAUUUACGACUUGUUCUGACGUCGCUGCACUUUGUUUUCCUUAUUGGACAAAAUGCUUGAUAUGCUUCAGAAUACCUCACUGGCAGUACUUGUGGAUAGCGAGGCGGAGAACAGUGUUUGGUCACUUGAAACGAAUGGGUCCCUCACUCCUGCACACAACCUCAGCAAAUCCAGAUUAAUUCCAAGCCAUACAGAUGGAGUGAAAGUGAAAAGGUCACGACUUGCAACCAUUGGCUCUCUCACUCCGAGAAAGUGCCUCUAGCUUAAUUUUUGGCUGAAAUUGUAGGAUUUUUAUGUAAAUUUUACUUUAUAAUUGAAUUUUCCAGACUAGCGGACUGAUGAGAUUUGAAUUUUGCAUAUCUUAUUAUUGUCCUUUUUUUUCCUGUUUUUAAUAUUAAAUCUAAAAAGUUUUUAUUACAAAUGUUAAAAUUUUUGCUUGAAUGACUUAUGUGAAUAUCUGAACAAAAAUGUGAAAUGUUUGAGAAUCUGGUCGGGUUCUGAGGUGGCAGUUAAAAAUGACAGCAAAUAGAAACCUCUACUCUCAGCAGGUGAAAGUCGAUCUGGUCUCCAGUCAAGCACUACAGCGAGGCUGGAAAAUGCAUCUGCACCCUGCCUCAAUAUGUCUUAGAUGUCUUUUUUUGUUUAGUCCAUAAGUGUGAUUAUUAUACACUGGCUGCUCAAUCAGUGGUGGUUCAAUGAUGAUGUUCAAGCCAGUUUGGAAACUAAAUUUGAAACCCAGGGCUGUCCACCACUUGGCAUUGUCCACUCAGCUGGGAUGAGGAGUGCUUUAUAACAAACACCUUUCCUUGGGUGGGCUAAAGAGAGAGCUAGCACCCAGAGGUGAGAGUUAUUGAAAGGCACAGUCCCUUGCCUGCUGAAGAUAAGUGAAAAUGCAAAACAAAGAUCCUGUGGGCCAAACCUAAUCCCAUUGACAGUGUGAUCCACCUUUAUCCAAAGUCUUGGAAUUAUUGAGGGAUGAUCGUAUACCACUAUUAGAAUAGAGGAAAGCACCAGAUUCAAUCUCAAGGCCUUGAGUGAUUUAUUCCAAAGACAAGUUGCACUGCAAUGAACUGGGGACUGAAAAACCGAGUGAAUCAAAGGUUAGGACUCUUGCAUUUGUUGUGUUUUCCACAGAAAGGUUUUUCUGACCUUUUCCUGUUUACCAGUCAUCCUCUUAAUUGACACAUUUCAGGAACAAGAUUGCCAUAUGCACAUUAGAACACUUCCAAGGGACUUUUUAUGGAUGUGAGUCAUAUGUCUAUCUUUGGUUGAGGGGAGAAGGGGUAGAAAUAGAUUUUGAUAAUUUGUAUUCAUUGUGAACACAUUGUUAGGAGCAUGCAAGACUUUCGAGUGAGAGGUGGAAUCCACAGUUUGUAUGUGGGAUUAUGAAUAACUACAUCGUGUCUGCUAGACAUUGACUUUUGUUUACAUUUUCUUGUUAAAAUUGACUGUUUUCUGGUGAUUAUAUAAAAAAUGGCAAUUUUCCUUAAUGUAUUCAGCAGUAUUGCAUUUUUUAAAGAAGAUAAUUUUUGUCAUUAUUGCAAAUAAUAACCAAAAAAUGUACAUGCAAAUCAUUAAAUUUCAUAAAUCUGCAAACAUUUGAUGUCUUUAUGUAGCCUAUAUCAUUCCCUUUAGAAUGUUAACCAUAGCACCCUAUAUUUAUUUAAGCAAAGUUGCUGCAUAUUCCAAAAUACAGAUUGUAUUAGAUAAAGUUAUG